CUCUCUUUUCCCUCAGUGUCUCACUUCUCUCGUCGCUUCGUUCGUCGGAUUUUUUCUGUGAGCUGGAGAAGAGGGACGGAAGAGGAGGAAAAAAGAAGAGAAGAAGAAAGACUAAGAUAAAGAGAAUGGAUGAGGUGUUCGUGGGACUAAACCUGAGCAAUUAAGUGCUGCAUUAUAAAAGGGUGAGAAAGAUUGGAGGUGAAGAAGAAGACCAGACCGAGGAGAGGAAGAAGAGAGAAGGGGGAGGAGGAAGAGGAGGGGAUUUUGGGAAAGCUAGAGAGGCACAGCGCUGGAAAGACGAGAGAGAAGAGAGGAAGACAAGAAACAAGUGAGUGCAGAGUGGUGAAAGUUAUCAGGAUUCCCAAAAAAGCAAAAAAAAGACAGAGUUAGAAAAGAAGUGGGAGAAAAAGAAGAAGUGAAGAAGACGGAAGAGAAAACAAGGGAGUUAAGGAUAAGGAGAAAAAGGAGGUCUGACACUUGAACCUCAGUCAGCCAUCUGUCAGCCAGGAUGGACAAAGUAGAGCGAGUGAUGAAGAUGGUGAAGAGGAUGUCACCGAGGAAGAAGAGGAGAGAAGGAGGAGGAGGGAGAGGGGGAGGACCGGGGGAGCUGGAGAGCCCGGACACCCUGUGUGACGAACUCUGCCGCUUUAGCCUCUGCAUCAGUGAUGAUGGCCCAUAUGGAAAAACAAAGGAUAUCUCUGGACCAGAACAGACCAUGGCCUCCAGAAGACACAGUAUACCAGAAGCUCUGCGGGGGGUGACCAUGGUGGAGCUGGUGAAGAAAGAAGGCAGCACGCUGGGCCUCACCAUCUCAGGAGGAACCGACAAGGACGGGAAACCACGGGUAUCGAACUUACGGCCUGGAGGACUGGCGGCCAGGAGUGACCAGCUAAAUGUCGGUGACUACAUCAAGUCGGUGAACGGGAUCAAUCUGACCAAACUGCGGCAUGAAGAGAUCAUCAGUUUACUGAAGAACGUCGGAGAGAGAGUUCUGCUGGAGGUGGAGUAUGAACUGCCCCCUACAGCACCAGACAGCACCUCAGGGGUUAUAUCAAAGACAAUCGACAUCUGUUUGCACAAAGAGGGGAACAGCUUUGGUUUCGUCAUGAGAGGUGGUACCCACGAAGACUGGCACAAGUCACGCCCCCUAGUGGUCACCUACGUCAGGCCAGGAGGUCCUGCAGACAGAGAGGGCACACUGCGACCCGGUGAUCGUCUCCUCAGUGUGGAUGGCGUGCCACUGCAUAACGCUAACCACAGCGACGCCCUCAGCGUGUUGGCUCAGUGCGGCCAGGAAGCCCUGUUCCAGAUAGAGUAUGACGUUACUAUCAUGGACACAGUAACAAACGCCUCCGGUCCGCUAUUAGUGGAAAUUGCAAAGGCGCCAGGAGCAACGCUGGGUAUCACGCUGACAUCGGCCAAUCAUCGAAACAAGCAGGUCAUUGUCAUCGACCGGGUUAAACCUGGCAGCGUGGUGGACAGAUGUGGAGCUCUGCAUGCCGGAGAUCACCUGCUGUCCAUAGAUGGGACAUCAACAGAACACUGUACAGUCCUGGAGGCAACACAGCUAUUAGCGAGCACAACAGAACUGGUGAAAUUAGAAAUACUUCCCUCCCAUCAAACAAGACUAACUGGGAAACAGCACGACACAGUGAAGGUUCAGAAGUCGGACCACCCCCACUCCUGGGACCCCUGUGUGAACUACUGUCACCCUUCAAACUCCACCCUCUGCAACACAAGCGCCACCCUCAACAAGUCGUGGACCGCCUCAAAUAAUAACACCAUCAACAGUCUCGACUACUGCAAGUCUCUGGUGUCUGCCAGUUUCUCUCCCGGCUCAACAACUACAUCAGGCCCCAGUAGCCAGAGCUCCAGCACCCUGCCCAGGCCCACAGUUCCCAUGAGUCCACGUAACUCGCUGCUCAAACGACGGCAGAGAAAGAAAGAGCACAAAAGCUCCUUGUCCCUGGCGUCGAGCUCGGUGGGUCCGGGUGGUCAGGUAGUUCAUGUAGAGACCAGUGAGGUCGUCCUAACAGGCGACCCUCUCAAUGGCUUUGGUGUCCAGCUGCAGGGAGGAAUAUUUGCCACCGAAACGCUGUCUGCACCCCCACUUAUCCGGUUCAUAGAGCCUGACAGCUCUGCAGAGAGGUGUGGCCUGCUGCAGGUUGGAGACCGCCUCCUGUCAAUCAAUGGAAUCCCCACAGAAGAUGGAACACUAGAGGAGGCCAAUCAGCUUCUCCGAGAUGCGGCGCUGACCAACAAGGUCACACUGGAGAUAGAAUUCGAUGUAGCAGAGUCCGUGGUGCCUAGUAGUGGUACGUUCCACGUCAAACUGCCGAAGAAAAGAGGAGUGGAGCUGGGGCUCACCAUCAGUGCCAGUAAGAAGCCAGGAGAGCCCCUCAUCAUUUCUGACAUCAAGAAGGGCAGCAUGGCCCACAGAACAGGAACACUGGAGCCUGGUGAUAAGCUGUUGGCCAUCGACAACAUACGACUGGAGAACUGUUCCAAAGACGAUGCAGAGCAGAUCCUGCAGCAGUGUGAGGAACUGGUCAAACUAAAGAUACGCAAAGACGAAGACAACUCAGAUGAGCAGGAGACGUCAGGCAGCAUCAUCUACACAGUGGAGCUGAAGCGGUACGGAGGCCCUCUGGGUAUCACCAUCUCAGGCACCGAGGAGCCUUUUGACCCCAUCACUAUAUCCGGCCUAACCAAGAGAGGCCUGGCCGAGAGGACAGGGGCGAUUCAUGUAGGUGAUCGGAUCCUGGCUAUCAACAGCGUCAGUUUAAAAGGGAAGCCCCUGAGUGAAGCUAUCCACCUGCUGCAGAUGGCUGGAGAGACGGUCACCCUCAAGAUCAAAAAACAGCUCGACAAUGUAGAGGAGAGGAAGGCAGCAGAGGCAGAGGACACAACAGAGAAUGAGCUCAGUGACCCUGAGGAGGACGAUUUGACGGACAGCCAACAGACCAACAAACUGUCAGAGCUCUACUCCACAACCAUUCCCAGCGUCGACUCUGCCAUGGAGUCAUGGGAUGGCUCAGGGCUGGACGCUGGCUAUGGCAGCCAGGGUACGUACAGCCACCAGGCAGCUGGUAUCGCCCUCCACCCUCAUGAGUGGCGUAGUGCCAAGCAGCAGCGCAGCAACACACCUCCACCAGGACGCCGGAAGAACUAUCCGUUCAGUGACGGAGGCUUCAGUGAGGAUGACUGGGACAAACCACCUGGAUUUAUUGGCCAACAACCAGACGGUAUUCUGUUGGAUCCAGAUGACAGUUUCUGGUGUCAGGCGCUUGAGGAUCUGGAGACCUGUGGCCAGUCAGAACUACUCAGAGAGAUCGAGGCAUCCAUCAUGACAGGAACAGCCAUCAGUCUGGGUGUAGACGGUGUCAACAAGCCUCCAGCUGAGCCCAUACUGAGCCACAGCAGGAUGAGCCCGCUGAGGAGAAACUCUCUCCUGCACCAGGGAAACCUGCUGCAUCAGGGUACACACCUCCACCAGGGUGCCCAUCUGCAUGAAGAGGCCCACCUGCAUGAAGAGGCUCAGCUCCACCAAGACCCCCACCUGCUCCAGGAGGCCCAUUUCAACCAUGAGGCCCACCUGCACCAGGGGGCCCACAUCCACCAAGAUAACCAGUCCCCUCUCCUGCACCACGAGCCCAAGGCCAAGGCCACAUUGAGAGUGUCAGAGAGGACGUGGGAAUCUCGUCGGAUCAAAGAGGAGAUGCAGGGGAUUCUGUCCCCGACGCCUUUGGAGCUGCACAAAGUGACGGUGAUAAAGGACCCAGAGAUCGAUGACUUUGGCUUCAGCGUGUCAGAUGGCUUCUUGGAGAAAGGAGUUUACGUCAACAUGAUCAGACCUGACGGGCCAGCUGACAGAGCCGGGCUCAAACCCUACGACAGGAUCCUACAGGUGAACCACGUGAGGACGAGGGACUUUGACUGCUGCCUGGCGGUGCCUCUGAUCACAGAGGCUGGGGACAGACUGGAAUUGGUCAUCAGUCGCAACCCGCUGGCAAACGACGAGGACGCAGAGGACAAUAACAACACUUUAGACCACCCACUAGACCUGUAACACAACACACACACACACAAACAAAAAGACAGACAGAUGAAUCUCUGGACAUACACACACAUGUAUUCACUCUGUCACACUCAGGCAGGAGAUAUACUCAAACUGGUGAUGAAGUGCAAAGUUGUAUCUACAGGAACUGGCCCAAACACACACACUCCACCGGCUUGCAAUAAUUCUACUUAAACACAGAGACUCCUUAAGGAACACACACACACACACACACACACACACACACACACAGAAACACACACCUGCAUGCUCACACAGUCACCCCCUCCCAUUCACACCGGGUUGAACUGCUGUCGUAUCGUAUAUUUCUCCAUGGAAGCACUGGCUCAGUGCAGAGAAACCACCAGAGACACUCUCCUGAAAGCUGGCUCGGAGUCCUCGCAGUGUUGCUCCAACAUAAACAACCACUUACUUGGCACUUUAACCAGCCAUUACGGAUUCUGACUCUUUAAAUAUUGUUUUUACUUAAAACAAAUGAAUAAAAACCUGCAAUUUGGGUGAGGUAAUUUCAGCUGUUUGUAAUGCCAGGCCACAGGUUUAUAGAGGUUUCUAGUGCCGGGGAUCUGCCUUAUUACAUAAUAUUGUAGGUGAUUUUAGGAAAUUUAAAGUGAAACUGCCUCGCUCAGUUUGCAGGUUUUAUUUGUUUUAAGAACGGCUGUUGACACUUUCUUGAGGACUGGACCAACGGUUGAUAGAGGAACUGUUUCAGACUUUGGUCUACACAGAUGUAGCCAUAAUAGAAGUCCAUAUUGCUGCUAAGAGUCAAAUACUGCUGCUCCAAUGCAAUUCACUCAAUUAAUUUCCUGGUAAAGUCAAGUUUAGCUCUUUUUUCACUUGUCGCAUUAAGGUGGACUUCUAUAUUGGAUACCUUUGCACAUCAUAAGGUCCAAACAGUGAUAUAAACAAGGAAAAAUUAAAUUUGUGCCAUCAUUACAAGGUUAAGAUGAUGAUGUCAUCACAACUGCCAAACUUUUUUUUUGAUCCAGUUAGAGGAAAGAGAACGAAGGAUAGGAGUUGCUUUCCUCUCUGACGAAACAUGGCAUCUUUAAAGGAUUUAUUAGCAAAGGCAACUUUUGCUGCAACACACUUGUGGAGAUGCCCCGGAGAAAACUGUGUUGCCAACAGAAGAACAUUUUCUUGCAACAUUUAGGAGAUUAUUGCCCCUUGUUUGCUUGUUUUGGGUUUUGCUGGGAGAGUUGCCAAUCUACAUUGCCCAGUUUGCCACCACAGUUGUCUGAGAGCACCUCGGCUCAUUGCUGGUCUACAAAGUCAAACAGCAGUAGCUACUGUAUACAUUUUAGAAGCAGAGCUCAUGAUUGGAGUCAAGGUUCAGAAUAAUCAUUAGUAACACCAAUUUUUGCCGUUAAAGCUGCUGUGUGAAGCACUUAAGAGAAAUUUAGUCCCACAUAAAUUUUCAGACAUUAGUAUAAUUGCUAUAAACAAACAUGAUGAACGAGUCUGUCACAGCCUCAACACUGUAUUUUACACUGUGAGCCACAGGGGCAGGUUCAGGGGAUAAUUGCUUUAUGACACAAAACAGGAUUAAAGCAAUAUUCCUCAGCAACAAACAGAUAAAGCUGGUGAGUUUCUGGUGAAAACAAAUGGUAGCAGACAUGAAAGGCUGAUGGGAACAUAUUAAUCCAACAUGGUUCAUCUUUACAGUAAACAGGGAAACGUGUAAUAUAGGGUCCGUUUGUUAUUUCCACUGGCGUACAUCAGAAUUCACACAGAUAUUCAAUACUUUAGAACAGUGCUGACUUACUAUAACUAAAGGUAACACCAAAGAUUGUUUGAGAAAUAUACAUUACUUAUGUGCAGAGGCAAAGAUUUGCUUCACUCACCAGCCGAUCCUGGUCAGGACAGUAUUACCAGUUGAGCAGUGACGCUAGCUGGCUGGAUAGUGGAUAAUACCAAAGACGGUGGAUAAACCAAGACAGUCCACUGCUAGUCAGUUUCCUGUAUCAGUGUCACGUGGGGUUUUCGACCACCACGCCCUUUCGGAGACUAACAGCAGGUCCUGAGUCCAUUGACUUCAGUGGGAGAAAUGAACGUGAUUACAGAUUAUGGCCGAUUCUUUCGCCCCAUAGUCAGGGAAGCAAAUAUUGGACCCAUUUAUCACAAGCCACAUAUCUUCAGAACAUUCCGACAUCAAAAUGGCAAAUUUCAGAUGGACAAAUCAGGAGAAAAUGUACCUGUUUCUGUCUCAACAACACACUCUCGCGAGAUCUGGCAACAGAUAUCUCCUCUCUGGUGCUGAAAUCAGUGCAGUUUCACUCUUCACUGCAGAGCUGCUGACAUUUUCCAAAACUAAAAAUAAACGGUCCAUGAAAAAAAUAUUUUUUCCAGCGGAUGUCUUAGUUACAACAUGAUUGAGCUAACUGGAGUAGUUUUAUGUUGUAUCUGACAACGGGAGGCUUUUAACAUCCUGAUGUUAGCUUUGCUAACUGUCCCUGUCAGCUGCAGCCACUGAUGAUUUCUAGACAUCGUGAUUUCCCUAAACUGAAUAAAUACCACACAUAGCAACACAAAACUGCUUUGCUAGCUCAAUCAUGUUGCAACUAAGAUAUCCGCUGGAAAAAAUAUGUUUUUCACGGCCCAUUUAAUGAGUUACUGAGUUAUUACAGACACCGCUAACGGCUAACAAGUAACGGUUAGCCCAGCUAAUCUACGAUAACCAUGUUAUUAAUUACAAAACGUGCAUACAGAAAUAGUAAUGUUUGUUCAAUCAUUGUGUUUAUAGACUUUACAAACAUCAGAUUAGUCUAAACAGUGAUAUAGUGACUUGAAAAAUGUGAUAUAUAUAUAUAUAUGGAGAAC